CUUUGGUUUGGUCGUUCUAAUUAUUGCCAAAGUAAAUAACUCAUUAUUACAGCCUCACCAGUUCCUCAUCAGAUUGUCUUAAUUCAUAACUAUAAAUAUAUAUCCACUCUCUGCUUAUUUAACCAUUUCUUUACUACACCAUACUAAAACACUUCAAACGCAAAUAUUUAUAUGUUGUUGUUUGGUCUUUUUUUAAGGGUUUUUGUGUUGGGCUGAUGAUGGAGAUAGAGCAAGUUUUUAGUUACAACGACGGCGGCUGUGGAGGCGUGGAGGGAUGUAUAAUGAGAGAAGGCGGCGGCGGCGGAGGAGGAGAGUGUGUGUAUUUGGUAUGGGAGGACUUGACGGUGGUGCUGCCCAAUUUUAGUGAAGGGCCGACAAGAAGGUUACUUAAUGGGCUUAAUGGGUAUGCUGAACCGGGUCAGAUUAUGGCUAUUAUGGGUCCUUCUGGUGCGGGCAAAUCCACCCUCCUUGAUGCUUUGGCAGGUAGACUCUCAGGAAAUGUUCUCAUGACCGGAAAUGUUCUAUUUAAUGGCAAGAAGAAGAGACUUGGCUAUGCUGGUGUUGCUUAUGUAACACAAGAAAAUACACUGCUGGGGACUCUAACUGUUAGAGAAACCCUAACAUACUCAGCUCAUUUAAGACUGCCAAGCAGUAUGACUAAAGAAGAGAUCGACGGAAUUGUAGAGGGAACGAUAAUGGAAAUGGGUCUCCGAGAUUGCGCGGACCGGCUAAUCGGAAACUGGCAUUUAAGAGGGAUAAGUGGUGGAGAGAAAAAAAGGCUAAGCGUUGCGCUCGAAAUAUUGAUUAAGCCAAAUCUUUUAUUUCUUGAUGAACCCACCACCGGACUAGACAGUGCAUCAGCUUUUUUUGUUAUUCAAACACUUAAAAAUAUAGCUCGAGAUGGAAGAACUGUGAUCUGUUCGAUUCACCAGCCGAGUAGUGAAGUUUUCGCAUUGUUUGAUCAUCUUUUUCUGUUAUCUGGUGGUGAAGUAGUUUAUUUUGGAGAAGCAAAGUUGGCUGUAGAGUUCUUUGCAGAAGCCGGAUUCCCAUGUCCGAGUAGGAGAAAUCCUUCCGAUCAUUUUCUUCGUUGUAUCAAUUCAGACUUUGAUCUAGUCACUGCCACUUUGAUGGGUGCUCACAGAGAAAUUCAAAUGUCAUCAGAUUCUUUGACCAAUCUACCUAUUGCAAAAAUCAAGGCAGUUUUAGUUAAGAAAUAUAAGUUAUCUAAUCACGCAGCAAGAGCAAAAGCUAGGAUUAGAGAAAUUUUGACCACUAAAGGGCUUGAGAUUAAAAGAAAAGGAGAAAUGCAAGCAAACUGGUGGAAGCAACUUGUAGUAUUGACAAAGAGAUCAUUCAUUAAUAUGUGGAGAGAUUUGGGAUAUUACUGGGUGAGGAUAGGUAUCUACCUUGCCUUGUCUAUUUGUGUCGGAACCGUCUUUCAGAAUGUCGGAACAGGCUUUACUGCUAUCUUGGCUCGCGGAGCUUGCGGUGGAUUUAUAUCAGGCUUCAUGACUUUCUUGUCCAUAGGCGGCUUCCCUUCUUUCAUUGAAGAACUCAAGGUUUUUCAUAAAGAAAGGCUUAAUGGGCAUUAUGGAGUUGGAGUAUAUAUUCUGUCAAACUUCCUCUCUUCGUUCCCGUAUUUGACUGUGAUGUCGCUGUCUACUGCAAGUAUUAUCUUUUACAUGGUGAAAUUCAGAUCUGGAUUCACACACAUGUUCUAUGCGUUCAUCGACCUUCUAAGCAGCAUAGCAGCAGUAGAGAGCUGCAUGAUGACAAUAGCUUCACUUGUUCCUAACUACCUAAUGGGUGUCAUAAUUGGAGCUGGAUUUAUUGGAAUCCUGAUGGUGACUUCUGGAUUCUUUCGUUUGCUGCCUGAUCUUCCUAAGGUUUUCUGGCGCUACCCAGUUUCUUAUAUCAAUUUUGGAGCGUGGGGAUUGCAGGGAGCUUACAAAAACGACUUGAUCGGGGUGGAGUUUGAUCCUCUGGAGCCAGGCGGCCCAAAACUGAAAGGCGAAGAUGUUCUUAUAAACAUGCUUGGCGUCAAUCUAAAUCAUUCAAAAUGGUGGGACUUAGCUGCUGUUGUGAUUCUUCUCAUAUGUUUCAGACUUUUAUUCUAUGCAAUUCUCAAGUUCAAGGAGAGUACUUUGCCAGUGUUUCAUAAAAUUUAUGCAAAGAGAACUAUACAACAUAUGAAGAAGAGGCCAUCUUUCAGAAAAAAUUCACCAUUCCCUUCCAUGAGGCAUCAAACUCCCCACCCUUUGUCUUCUCAAGAGGGUCUCAAUUCUCCAAUUAAUUAGCAGCAGCACCCAAAUGAAGCAUAACACAGUUAGAUAUUCGCCACUUUCUAACAAAGAUUGAUCUGUGCAUCAUGUAUCUUAUGACCACAGCAGUUACAUAGUUUUUUUUUGGUACUUCUAAACUACAUUUAAAUACACAUCAUUCUCUAGUAGCGUAGCUAGCUACAGAAGUUUCCAAUAGUGGUAUGUUCAAGUGUUUUGAGUGA